GAGGACACCUGCACCAGCACUAAAGCCUCUUCCACUCAUAGCCCACUCAGGCUUUCUCUCUUGUGGUGAAGUUUUGACAGCAAAUUAUUUUCCAAUGGCUCAAAAAUUCAAACUCAUCUCUGUCCUUUGGCUAAUUGUGGCCUGUCUUGCUGAUACAAAAGUUGCAGAAGGUAGCACCACCAUAGCAGCAGCUCCAGCUAAAAACAUUACAACUACAGCCCCUACAACAACAACAACAACAGCUCCGGCUACUACAGCUACAACUCCUACAACAACAACAGCAGCUCCGGUUACUACAGCUACAGCUACAGCUCCUACAACAACAACAAAAGCUCCGGCUACUACAGCUACAACUCCUACAACAACAGCAGCAGCUCCGGUUACUACAGCUACAGCUACAGCUCCUACAACAACAACAAAAGCUCCAGCUACUACAGCUACAACUCCUACAACAACAACAACAGCUCCGGUUACUACAGCUACAGCUACAGCUCCUACAACAACAACAAAAGCUCCGGCUACUACAGCUACAACUCCUACAGCAACAACAGCAGCACCGGUUACUACAGCUACAGCUACAGCUACAACUCCUACAAUAACAACAGCAGAUCCGGAUGGUUCAUCCACAACACUAACACCUGCAACAACACCAGCUCCUACAACAACAAAGCUUCCAGACCCUUGUGAUGGAAACCCAUGUGGCGAUGGGAGCACCUGUGUGCCUCGUUUCAAUCAAAGCUUUGCAUGCUUGUGCUUGGUUGGUGAGAACUACAAUAAUGACAGCAGAAGAUGUGAGAGUGCCAAAGUUUUCCCUGGACAACUAGCCCUGCCUGAAUUAACAUACAAAGCAAAAAUGUCUGACGAUACAUCACAAGAAUUUCAGUCUGCCUCAAAAAACAUUAUUGAUGCGCUGUUUGAUGUUUUCAAAAACAUUGCGGGUUACUCUGGAUCUACAGUGUUGGCACUCAGGCCCAAUAAAGCCAGUAAGGUCAAAGCCAGGUCAAGGUCAGAGACUGGGGUCAGAGCAGAUGUAGAGAUCAUCUUCACAGAACAGGCUGAAAUCACAACAGGAGAAGUUAUAGAGAAGAUGAACAAAGCCAGCAGUGGAGACGGUGUUCUGAAAGGUGCAGUCUUUAAAGAAACAGACCUGUGUGAAAAAAAGCCCUGUGAUGAGGGCAGUACAAAGUGCAAUAGGGGAAAUGGAUCGUUUACCUGCACCUGUUUGGACAAUUACAUUAAGACGGACUACACUACCAAAAUGUGCAUUGCUUGUCCCAGCGGUCAAAAAGCUGAGGGUUCCAAAAAGUGUGUCAAUUGUCCAUUUGGUUAUUCUGGUUUUAACUGCAAUGAAUCAUGGAAGCUGGUGCUGGUAAUCGUCGGCUCUGUGCUCGGGGGACUGCUGCUCAUCGCACUCAUUCUUCUGCCUAUAGUGGCACGCAAAUCCUCAAAGAAAAGCUCCAAGAUGAACAAAAAUGCAGACAUUGGGAAGCCUUACAUGAGCCACCCUCCUGCCAAUAAACCAUUGGUUAACAGCAGCUUAGCCAACAGCCAACAGACCUCUGUUAACAGGCAAGCCAACGGCCUGUCAGCCUUUGCCAAUGCUGGGGUGCCCAGGAUCCCACGGGCCUCAACCACCAACAGCUGGGACAGCAGGACCAACCUGGAGAUGACUCCGAACACCAGCCGGCAAAACUUGAUCCCUGAGGGGAGGAACUCUCGUUACUACGACGACCAUGAUGACAAUCAGUAUGCUCAGGCUCGCCCCCAGACCAACCCCUAUGCCCAGAAUCGACCUGAGGUCAAUCCAUAUGCUCAGAACCAAGGCCACAGAAACCCUUACUACACGCACGACGAUGGAAGAAGGUUGAAUUAAUGAGGAUGAACAAAGGUUCACCCUGCAGUGACAUUUACCCAGAUCAAAAAUUCUUCCCCCUCCCCAAAUAACUGUACACCAUUAAAACACCAUCAUGCUGAGAGUUGUGGGAAUAGAAGCACAACAGUUGCUUAGGUUUUAUGCAGUAGUGUGAACUCUAUGCUGAUCCAUUAUUAGCUUUCAUAAAUCAUUCCUGUCUUUCCUUCAUUCAUGUUUGGGAUAUGAUAUGCACUGUAGGUCUUUACAAAAGGUUGUUAAUAUUAUUAGUUAAUUCAUUAGAAUAUUACUCUCUUAAGAAUGUCUAAUUGUUUAUUGACAUUGACACCCAGAAAUGAGGAGCUGUUGGAUAUCAUUGCACACAUAAUGUCUCACUCAUCUAUGAAUUUACAACUUCUCAUUACAUUUUUUUGUUUCACACUUGUGAAUGAGAUGAAGAUAUUUUUUAUCAAAUAGAAUUGCAUGACUUAUUCCUCCAAAUCAGGGCAUGUCAGGUCCCUCUAUAUAUUUCAGGUUAUUAUUUGUGUAAAAUGUUUACUAAAUUGAAAUUGUUUGAUGUUUUAUUUUGUUCAACUGAGAGUCACUUUCUUGUCUGAUUAAUAAUCAAGCUGUUUUUCAAAAUGAAUAAAAUAUUACAAUA